AUGUUCAAGAAAAGCAAGCCCUUCAAAGAUAUCAAAACAUUCAGCGAUAUCAAGACUGUGCUGACCAAGAAGCGUAACAAGUCGCGUUUGCUCCUCGCGCUUAUCGAGCGGCCGAAAUACCCCGAAUCCCCUCAGUACGCGCUGCUAGUCAUCCCAAAAAGCAAACCCGGGCCUACUUUGACCAACGAGCGGCAGCCUAUCCCAGCAGCCAAGUACACCAUCAAGAAUACCAUCCUGAAAAUGAAAGGUGUGACGCACCAGCCAUGGAUUUUCGAACAUGUUGAGAUUCGCGACCUGAACGGGGACCAUGGUAUACUUGUGUGUGCAAUUAUUGCUAAGGUUCUAUCCAAAACAAAGCUACAGAGUACCAUGUCAGAGAUCUACAUCUACCAAAAGGAUGACCCCAUCCGUUUCAAAGCGCGCGACUUCGACUCUAAAAUGUGGUGUCAUGAUGCUUAUGACGAAUUGCAGAAAUCGGGGAUCGUCGUUGGGUUAGACUGGCGCACGGCCGAAGGUGGUACACGGGCUGCGUGGAACCAGAAACGUGGUUGGCGGUCGACUAUGAAGAGUGAGGGUCGUGAGAAGCCCAGGGUUCCAAUUGUGGAUUUGUUGCAUGGGACGAUUGUUAAGGGGUUUUAA